AUGGCUGUCACAACAACCCUCACCACCACCAAGUCCCCCCCCUCUAUCACCAACGCCAAUACCAAUUCCACAACAAUAAACAAACGUCUCCCCCCUCUGGCCGAUAAAACCUCCCUCCCCUAUAAACUCAGCACGCUAUCGAAGCAGAAACUCGCCCGGGAAGCUACGGCCCCGGACCCAGAUAUCCGACGCUGUCUGGGCCAUUUCCGACUGCAUUGUCUGUCCAUGGAGUGGGCGCAACGCGACAUGACCACGCGCAUCAACUCGGUGGAAAUGGAGGACGACUCCGACGAGGAAGACGGUCCGGACGAAGAGGAGAAGAAGGCCCAUGCUCGCUUCCAGGUCUCGUUUGAACAGGCUUCUACUACGACUCCGUCGGCGCCGGGGUCUGCGGAUCUGUUGGAUGAAGUGACCACUACGACGCCGCCGGCUCCGCCGGAGAAGACGGAUGAAGAGGGAGAGGAGUUGGAUUCGAAGACGCAGAUGCAGACGAAAUCGGACUCGCAGAUGCAUUCUCAGGCGGGUAGCGAGACCGAGGCCGAGACCGAGGCAGAUACUGAGACUGGGACCGAAACCGAGACUGAGACAGAAAAAGACUCGGAAAAAGAAACAGAGACAGAAACAGAAACAGAAACAGACACAGACCCCGAAUCCGAGGCAGAAAAGGAAAAAGAAUCCGAAGGUUUACUCGAAAAAGGCCGCACCUGUAUAGAAAAGACAGUCCAACGAUCCCACUUCUGGCCAUCCGCUCAUGGACAAUGUAUACCUGUUCGCAUUGCGGGGUAA